GCUUGCAAGUUUCCCACCACCCAUCCUCCUCCUCCUUUACUACGCCUGCUUCGCCAAGAAGACUCCGCGCCCGCUCAUCGCCUUCUUCCCCUCAUGUUGUCUUCCAACCAAGACAAGAUUUCAGCCGUGCGUUGUGGCCGAUCGUCAGUCCAGAGACGCCGCCGGGAACGGAACACCGUCGCGACGCCGCCGGAAAUCGCCGCUCCAGACUACGCGUAGCAAUCAGCAUGCCGAAAAGCAGCGGCGUGACCGUGUUCGACGACCUGCCCGAGUGGCUUGUCGUUGACGAGAUCCUUGUCCGGCUGCCGGCCAAGGAUGUACUCCGCUGCCGUGCCGUCCGCAAGUCGUGGCGCGGCGGCACUUCCACCAACGCGUUCAUCCUCAACCACCACCGCCACCAGCCCUCGCUCCCCAUCAUCCGAAACACGGAGGGCAUCUAUCGCCAUGUCGGAUCCCCUACUGAUCAAAAGAUACAGCGUGUCCUCCGGCACGCAGAUCCCUUUACAAACGAGAUGACUGUAUGUCAUGCUGCUUGUGAUGGCCUCCUCAUCCUGGAGAAGCAAUCCAAUUUCUACAUCUGCAACCCUACCACCCGCAAGUGUGCUUCCCUGCCACAUCCUCCAGAAUGGUCACGCACCAGCGCCAUCAGCGUAGUCGGCUUCUACCGGCUCCACACAUCUGGAGAACACCGUGUUCUCUGGGUGUCAUACUCAAAACAAGUGUCGUACUUGGUAUUCAUUGGGGCUGCCGUCUCAACUGAGUUGCCUGAUUACUUCGUACUCACAGUGGGAUCGGACCAGCCAAGAUGCAUCCAAUGGUCGAUAGUUUCAAAACAUGGAUAUCCAUCUACCCUGUCCCACAUUUCUCCACCAGUGCAUAAUCGUGCUUGCCUGCAUUGGGCAACAGGCUUCAGCAUAACGGUAUUUGACACCGUAGCCGAGACAUUCUGGCAGAUGAGCCGCCCAGCACAGUUGGGUGAUAAGGUGUCAUUGUUGGUUAUGGGCGGUUCCCUUGCCUUGUGCUGCACCACCAAUGACUGUGUCAAUUUAGAUGUUUGGGUGUUGCAGGACUAUGAUGCUGAGACCUGGGGCUUUCAGUACCGGUUUAACUUGUCAGCAAUGGAGGCAUUGCCACCGUUUAAGUUUGACUUCAAUACUCUCCCUAGGAUGGCUGUGAUCAAUGAGCGUGAGUUGUUGAUCGAGCAGUGUGUUGGCCGUCUGUUGCAUUGCGACAUUGAUGGUGUGUUUUUAGGAUAUGUGGGAACCAAAGAGCCUGGGAAGCACUUUAUGCUAACUAUGCAGCGCCUCCAAGAGAGCAUGAUUUCAGUCCCAUUGUUUGAGGCGCAGGAAGAAGAUGCUGUGAACAAGGAGCCUCCAUUCGUCAUGGUGCUAUAAGAUGCCAGGCUCCAUCUUAAUGAUUUGGACUAGCUGUUUGCUGUGCUUAUGGAAUAUCUAUGCUGUACGAACUUUUUAGUACUAGUAGAACCGAAUUGUAUGUCUGAAGUAGCGGUUCGUCACUUGGUGCUUGUUGUGCUAUCUCGAGCGUCAUGUUGAUGUUGUAAACAAUGGUGUGUCUAUGCUGUUGCUAUAUAGUACUGUUAUCGUGUUCAUGUUCACCCCUGUUGACUUUCAG